AUGGAAAACAGCAUGCACAUGGAGACAUUGCACCCAGAGGAAGACGGCUCUCAACGUCUCCCAUCCAGUGUCCGGGCCCCGCAGGAGCAUUUUGGAGAGUGUACUGUUGAGGGCUGUGGUGAGAUCGUCUCUCAUGCCGAGAUUGACUACCACAUGGACCUCCACCUCGAGGAAGAACGCCAGAGUACAGACUCCCCCAAACCCCAAGCUACUAUUGAACCUUCGGGCCCAACAACUGUUUCUGCCUCUGGUUCGUCAUCCGUCGUUCACUCUGCCAGUGACCUUCCAGUGGGAAAAAAGAGAGCAGCCGUUGGGCAAUGGAACAAUAUUCUGUCAAUGCCUCCCGCUAAACCAAAGGCCAAGGAGGGGGAGAAGCGUCUUGGGAAAGCAGAGCUGGGCAAAUAUGCCCACGAGCAACAGAUGCCGGACUGGCUAGUUUCCCUCCUCCACAGCGGCGGUGAGGUCAAAAGUGAUGGAGUCAUAUCCGUUCUAGAGCAGCUUCUUCGACAGAGCAAAUCAACGCAAUACGCCUACUUAUGCAACCCAGCUGUUCAACACGUGUCGAAGCUCAAGAAAGAAGGGGGUUUUUGCGGCUAUCGCAAUAUUCAGAUGAUGGUUUCGUAUAUCAUCGGUGUUGAUGCCCAUGGCAAGGAUGCAUUCAGGGGCCGCUUGCCGACCAUAUUUGAGAUUCAAGAAUUUAUCGAGAAGGCAUGGGAUCAAGGCAUCAAUUCGCAGGGCCGGCUUGAGACAGGUGGCAUCAAAGGCACUCGCAAGUACAUUGGCACGCCGGAGGCCCAAGCACUCUUUGUCAGUCUAGGGAUCCCAUGUGUGGCUCAGGGAUUCAAGGACUCCGAACCAGGAAAGUCCGAGGCCAAGCUGAUGUUGGCUGUCGAACAAUACUUCGGGCAGGGAGCACAUGGUGAACCCUCCAAGGUGACAUGCACAACACUGCCACCCAUAUAUUUUCAACAUGCUGGCCAUUCACUGACAAUCGUUGGCUUCGAGAGGCAGAAGCACGGUUCUGCUAAUCUUCUCGUUUUCGAUCCCAUGUUCCGCGACCCCCCAGCGCUUUCUCGCCUUAUUGGUCAGACAUUCAAGCACAGGUCGGCUGAUGAAUCAUUGAAACCGUAUCGUCGGGGGGCCAAAUACCUCCGCCGGUAUCGCGAGUUCGAACUUCUCAGACUCGAUGGUCUAAAAACCGGGCCCGUUACCGCACAAACCAGUGACUGA